CUACAGCUUCAAUGUUUAAUUUAUGUUGCAAAGUAAAACAUAAUAUAGUCUUAUAAUUGUAUGUAACGUAUAAACAUAAAUACAUUUUUUCUUAUCUCUAACACUUUCAUUAAGGCAAUAAAAUUCUCUUACCCCUAUCCUAUUGAAGUUUUUAUUUAAAUCCCCAGUUCCUUAGAAUAUUUUUUUACAAAAAUCAAAAUCAUGUUAUAACGUCUAUUUUCCAAUUUCUUACUAGCUAGACAUAACAUUACGAAAAGCUAAUAAAAUCGUUUAUGAAAUUUAUGAGUAAUAAUAUAUUUGAUAAUUAUAACUUACCAGCAUUGUCCAAGCCAAGAUACUAAUCAAUAAAUAUUAAAGUAGUCAAAGUUUAACUAUUAAAAAAAAAAACUAGUCAAAGUUUCACCUCAAAGUAAACUUCAAUAAUACUCAAGGAAAAAAAAAAAAAAAAAACUUCAAUAGGAUCCUAUAAAUCCACCAGAUAUCUCCUCAUUUUAUUCCAUUCCAUAAUACCUCAAAGUUCAAACCAUUUCAUAAACUAAAACGAUAUCCGAAAGUCACUGCCACUUUCUCUUAUUACUACAUCGAGCCAUAGAACUCUUAGUUUCAACAAAAGCUAAGCUAGUUAUUCGGAUCUAUUCAUUUGCAUCAGUAAGAUGGAUGACGAACUAGGUAGCUCAAUGCAUGGAGUUACCGGAAGGGAGCCAACCCAUGCCUUCUCGGGGGUAACCUCCGGGGUGCCAACCGAUACAUCGACCAAGUUUGCACUUCCGGUAGACUCCGAACACAAGGCGAAAGUGUUCAAAAUUUUCUCCUUAGCCCAGCCUCAUAUGCGCGCAUUCCAUUUAGCCUGGUUCUCCUUCUUCACAUGCGUUGUCUCCACAUUUGCCGCGGCCCCGUUACUCCCGAUCAUUCGAGACAACCUUAACCUCACCGAUAUUCACAUCGGCGAUGCCGGGGUUGCCUCAGUGUCAGGGAGUAUAUUCUCAAGACUAGCCAUGGGUGUAAUUUGUGAUCUCAUCGGACCGCGCUACGGGUGUGCAUUUGUCCUCAUGUUAACAGCUCCGGCUGUCUUCAGUAUGUCUAUGGUUGAGUCGGCUGUAGGGUAUAUAAUAGUCAGGUUUUUGAUUGGGUUCUCUUUGGCCACAUUUGUCUCAUGCCAAUAUUGGGUGAGUACCAUGUUUAAUAGCCAGAUCAUUGGUGCGGUUAGUGGCGUUACAUCAGGAUGGGGUGAUAUGGGUGGUGGCGCCACCCAAUUACUCAUGCCUGUGAUGUUCGAGAUCAUCCAACGAGCCGGCGGCAUCACCGCCUUCAAGGCGUGGAGACUUGCCUUCUUCAUUCCUGGAUGUCUUCAGCUCAUCAUGGGUAUACUUAUUCUUACUUUUGGGCAGGACUUGCCUGAUGGCAAUCUUAGUGAACUCCAAAACAAGGGUGAUGUUUCCAAAGACAAGUUCUCUAAGGUAUGUUGGUACGCAAUCACCAACUACAGGACAUGGAUCUUUGUCAUGAUCUAUGGCUACUCCAUGGGAGUUCAGUUAACAACAAACAAUAUUAUCGCUCAAUACUUCUUUGACAGAUUCAAUCUCAAACUCCACACUGCUGGAUUAAUUGCAACGGGAUUUGGCAUGGCUAAUAUAGCCUCUAGGCCAUUUGGUGGGUUUGCUUCAGAUUGGAGUGCUCGUUUAUUUGGGAUGAGGGGAAGGCUAUGGAUGUUAUGGUUUUUCCAGACAAUGGGCGGUGUCUUUUGUGUGUGGCUAGGCUUGGCUAACACCCUUCCAGUCGCGGUUGUAGCCAUGGUUCUCUUCUCAAUUGGAGCCCAAGCUGCGUGUGGUGCGACCUAUGGUGUUGUGCCCUUCAUUUCACGUCGCUCCCUAGGGAUCAUCUCAGGUCUCACUGGUGCAGGUGGGAACUUAGGAUCUAUGAUCACUCAAUUGAUCUUCUUCGCAAGCUCGAGGUAUACGACCGAGCAAGGGCUCGUGUAUAUGGGUGUCAUGGCCAUUGCUUGCACUCUUCCUGUGGCAUUGGUGCAUUUUCCUCAAUGGGGAGGCAUGUUCUUUCCGGCUUCAAAAGACCCAGCGAAGUCUAGCGAAGAACAUUAUUACUCGUCCGAGUGGUCAGAAGUCGAGAGACAAAAGGGUAUGCACGUGAAUAGUGUUAUGUUUGCUGAAAAUAGUAGGUCGGAGAGAGGAAAAAGGACUGCGACUGCAUCUUGUCCAACACCAGAACCAUCUGCCCAUGACCGUGAUUCUACCCAUGACCGUGUAUAGGCAAUAUAUGAUGGUAAUACUCCAUCUAUCCCAUAAAUAAUUGCGCCUUUUCUUUUGGAUCAAAUUGUCAGGAGAUAUGUAGUAGCGGUACGGGUGCAAAUGAAAGCAAAAUUUCAAGAGAAGUACAUAAGCAAGUGGGUUGAAGAGAAUAAACGUCCAAGUAUGACCUACUUGUUACACGGGUUUGUGAAUAGGUUGGUAGCAUAAGGGUUUUGGUCCAUUUUUCCACUAAUAAAGGAAAUGGAGCAAUUUUUAAGGGACAUUUUAAUAGAGUGC